AUGUGUACAGCUACAGACAUAAUCGUUCUCUCUUCUUCGCCAGAUCAGAUUCCCUCUCACUCUCCAGCAGAGCCAAAAUGUGAUCCGGAGAAGGUAUGCGGCAUAUCACCGGUUUCUUCGUCCCCUUCGCCUCUGCCUUCUCCGUCAGAGCUGUUUCGGCCACCCGUGCGCUCGCGGUUUUUCAAAACUCAAAAUGGAAACGACAGCUCGUCGAGGGCUGGGAAAGAAAAGUCUGAAACAGGGACUAAAUUGAAAGAUUUGGCUGCACCGAGGAGAAAGAAGGUGGCUCGAGGAGGAAGACAGAUACGGGCGAAAGAACAAUCUACGAACGAGUCACAGACGCUCUUUGACCAUUCUGAACCUCCCAUACCGAAACACGAUGAAUGCACGUCCGAGAAAGGGACAGGAUCAAAGAAAAAGCGCACAGACGCUGCGAAAAAGCGCACUACGUCCAAAAACAAGACGAUCACUGGGAAAGUGGCGAAAUCCGGCAUUACCGAGACUGUCAAAUCUGAAGAUAAAACCAAGGAACUUGUGACAUCGGACGUCUCACCGGGAAAAAGUUCAGCGAACAAACUGGAGUUGGAGAAGGAUGGCUUACAACUUGAAGUAGCUAUGAAGAGAAGGCUAGAUUGGACGCCUACGAAGGACACUGGCAAGCGAGCCGUCGAAUUGGAUGAUAUUGACGACGAUAAGAUUCGCUUCGGCAGCCUUCUAUCGGAAUAUGGCUUUUUGAAAGCCGCCACCGAUUCUCAAGGUGACUUGAAACUCUCUGACGGUGGCGCUCCAACGAAGCGCAGGCGACUAGAGCUUGUAGACACUCGAAACACAUCAAAUUCUAAGCGGACAUCGCCGAAGGUUGAUAGUAACCGUUCAAAUGUCUGCAGCACUCGAUCCUCCAAAGCCUCAGCAGGCGAGGGGAGGCCGAGGAAAAGAAGCAGAAAGAUCACAACUCUUACUGGCCGUGUGACAGCCCUAUACACCAAUGAUAGUACAGAUCACUUGGAUGCAGCAGGCGCCAUGAUGAGAGCCUCAGAUGAUGUCACCAACAACGUCCUGUCUGAAGGCAAAUUGUUCUCUAUAUCCCUGGACAUCGACUCAAGUGUUCUCCCUCCUGAGGAUGCCGUCAAUUACUUGAAGGAUCAGGAUUUGAUGUUCGGAACAUGCAGUCAGUUGGAGCGGGAAGACUCGCCAACGAUGCUCAGAGAUAUGCAAAAGGCAAUACGCGCGUCAGAAAAUAGUAUGAUUGAAAACCGCAAGCCUUCUUCGACCACAAGGGAAGUGUCUGGUUUAUAUUCUCGUACCGCAGUAUCGCGCUUCCAAACUCCAAGAGAUUUAUGGUCUGUCGCAGCCAGAGAUGUGGAUGGAUCCCUAGCUGAAAUUGAGGUGCUGGAUAUGGUAGACAUUUCUGACAUUUCCGAGCUUCCGCCGAAACCCGAUGGUGAGCUACAGGACAGGACUGAAAAGGAUGAGGAGAACACAGUGCCUCAGGGAAAACCUCUCCGGUCUGUAGAGAUCACGGAUGAAGUUGAGGCGGGAGUCGGCAUAUACACGGAGAACUUGAUAACCAGCGAAAUUAAAUCGGAGGAAACCGUUUGCAGGGCAUCGGAAAUUCGCCCAAUGCCACGAUUCGCUGAUUGGAAGGACUCCGAUUUGUCAAGGGAAGUCAGAUUGUAUGGUUUCAAGCCAAUGAAGAGUCGCAGGAAGAUGAUUGAAGUGCUUGAAAAAUGCUGGGAGGCGCAACACGUGAGCACACCGACCGUUGUUCAAGAUGUUCCAGGAAAACCAGAUGACGGCUCGACGGGAAAGGCUAGCGCUCAAUCGCAGACAAACAAGCAAACCUCGACGACGGAUGCAGCUAAAAAGGCGAAAAAGGAGAGCGCAUGUCUCGCCGAAGAGGCGAAACCGAUUGCAGCUCUGGAGGAUAAACCGAGUCACACCGCUAACAAAUCGAGUCAGGCGUUGGCGAAGUCAUCAUUUGCAGAUGUGGAAGAAAUUGAGGAUUCGGAAGAUGAGCUCAUACCAUCUCCCAGUCGGCUGCAGAGUCAUUACAAGCGCCAUAUGUCAGAAAGCAGUAGCAGUCAGCCUCUGCCUGUUUCAACUAUGCCAUCCAGUCCGACGCGGACAAAUGCUGACUCCGGCACCAAACCGUCUCCUGAUUCUGUAGCGGAAUCUAGUCUGCCAGAUCUGGCCAGCCAGAUAACCAAGGCUAUACGAUUGCAGCCACGAUCGUUCUCCGUUGGCUGCAAGCGCCCUAGCUGGCAUGAGAAAAUUCUGAUGUACGAUCCCAUCGUCCUGGAGGAUUUUGCCACCUGGCUCAACAUCGAGGGACUGGGGCUUGUCCAUGAGGACAGAGAAGUCAGUGCAGAAUUUGUGAGGCAGUGGUGUGAGAGCAACGGCAUCUGCUGCGGUUUUAGAAAGAAUAGCAGACGGUCUGAGCGGUAG